AUGUCUCCGGGUGCUGCUGAGCUUCGUCGCCACGGCAAUGGACGUGCUGCCCGUCGUCAGGGCGUCCACGGGCGCCGAGGAGCUCACGGGGUUGGUGUCCCGGCGGACGUGACGCCCGACGCCGAGGAUGCUAGGCUCAUGCUCGCCCACGUUGGUGUCGCCACCUGGUCGGACUGCCCCGAGGAUGCCACGUUCCUCGCGUCCAUCAAGAAGUGGAUUAAGAGCGGAUGCUGGAAUUGCCCCGUAACCGGUGAGAGGCUCUGGAGCGCCGAUCUUGUGACGAACGUCAUGGCGCGUGGGGUCAUCUCGAGCAGCUCCUCAGGCGGGGCGUCUUGCUCCACGAGUCCAGUAGCAAGCAACAGCCACCGGUGCGCGGUCGACAUGACUGCCAUGCCGUUCGGCACGGCCGCGGCUGGCGUUGUGCGCCUCUCCGCGGCGUUCCUAAUGGUGAGGCUGUCCAGCGGCGCGCCGGAGGAGCAGAAGAAGAUGACGUACGAGGCCCGCAGGUUCUCAAAGUGGAACAUCUUCUACCCGACGCGCCUCGUGGAGGUGGAUGCCAUGCCGUGGCAGCUCCACCUGCUCUCCUCCACGGACGCGACCGUGCAGAACAACGCCGUGAACGUGGAGGCCAGGCGGCGGGCGCUGGUGGAAGCCGGCGGGUUGGGCCUCAUCAUCGACACCAUGAACGUGGCCGCCAAGGUCAAGGCACGGCAGAACACGGUGGCCGUCCUGUUCUACCUCUCGUCGCACCCAGACUCCCAAAAGAAUGAAUGGAGAGAGGGCAUCGGAGAGCGGGCCACCUACUGGAGGAGCUGCGCGGAGUACUUCGCCGUCGGACUCGGAUCCCCCGCCGCCGGCCGCCAAAUGCCCGUCGGCUCCCGACGGAGGCCGCCGCCGCCGCACCACCGUCGCGCCAUGACACCCGCCUCCGUCUCCGCCCCCGCCCCCACGCCAGCGCCCACAAAGCCGCUCUACCUCCGCGGCCCGUUCAUCGUGGUAGCCGCGGCGCUGGCCGCGUUCCUCCUGCUCGCCGCCGCCUACACCACCAGGCGAGCCGGGUCCCCGCCGACCGCCCUCCUCGCCCACCCAGCUGUUGCCACCAGGUUCUUCUCCUUCGACCUGGUCCGCGAGUACCCUCACGACCCGGACGCCUUCACCCAGGGUCUCUUGUACGCGGAAAAUGACACUCUUUUCGAGUCCACUGGCCUCUAUCACAGGUCUUCUGUCCGAAAGGUUGAUCUUCAGACCGGAAAAGUUUUGGUUAACCACCAAAUGGACGGACAUAUUUUUGGAGAAGGUUUAACUCUUCUCGGCGACAGAUUGUUUCAGGUUACCUGGUUGAAGAACGAAGGGUUUAUAUAUGAUCGACAUAACUUCUCCAAACGCACGAGUUUUACCCAUAAAAUGCGAGAUGGUUGGGGUCUGGCGACUGAUGGCAAAGUUCUUUUUGGCAGUGAUGGCACUUCAAUGCUAUAUAAGCUGGAUCCAAAGUCACUUGAAGUCAUGAAAGUGGUGACUGUCAAGUAUCAUGGUAAUGAAGUCCCCUAUCUUAAUGAGCUGGAGUAUAUAGAUGGUGAAGUCUGGGCAAAUGUCUGGCAGACAGAUUGCAUAGCUAGAGUGUCCCCUGAAGAUGGCCUAGUGGUGGGCUGGAUCUUUCUUCAUGAGCUGAGGCAGCAGUUGUGGAACUCAGGCAAUACGAAUAUUGAUGUCUUAAACGGGAUAGCUUGGGAUGAAAGAAGCCACAGAUUAUUUGUGACAGGGAAACUGUGGCCAAAGAUAUAUCAGAUCAAGCUACGGGCAGUAGAUGGACGAGCUGAUGGAUCUGUAGAAAAACUUUGUCCAAAAGCCAGUUUCUAUCGCUGA